GAAGUUUUGUUAGGAUUUGAUCUGUUUAAGUUUCGAUUAAGAAGAUAGUUGUUUAGGGUUUAUGAUUUUGUAAUUGAAUUUUUUUAUUAUCUGGAAUGGGUUGUGAGGUUUCAAAGCUAUCAGCACUUUGUUGCGUUUCAGAAUCUGGAAGAUCGAAUCCUGAUGUUACAGGCUUAGAUGAAGAAGGGAGAGGUGAGUCGAAUGAUUUGCCUCAGUUUCGUGAAUUCUCUAUAGAGACUAUAAGGAACGCUACUUCAGGAUUUGCAGCAGAGAAUAUAGUUUCAGAGCAUGGUGAGAGAGCUCCAAAUGUUGUUUAUAAAGGGAAGCUUGAGAAUCAAAGACGUAUUGCUGUCAAAAGGUUUAACAGGAAAUCUUGGCCUGAUUCUCGUCAAUUCUUGGAAGAAGCCAAAGCUGUUGGUCAAUUACGGAAUCAUAGGAUGGCAAAUUUGCUUGGAUGUUGCUAUGAAGGUGAAGAGAGACUACUUAUUGCAGAGUUUAUGCCUAAUGAAACUUUGGCAAAACAUCUUUUCCACUGGGAGUCACAACCAAUGAAGUGGGCGAUGCGACUGAGAGUAGCUUUGCAUAUUGCUCAGGCGCUAGAGUAUUGUACUAGCAAAGGACGUGCACUUUACCAUGACCUAAAUGCUUAUAGAGUUCUCUUUGAUGAUGAUGCAAAUCCAAGACUUUCAUGUUUUGGUUUGAUGAAAAACAGUAGAGAUGGAAAGAGUUACAGCACUAACCUGGCAUUCACUCCUCCCGAGUAUCUGAGGACAGGUCGCGUGACACCCGAAAGUGUGAUAUACAGCUUUGGAACUCUGUUACUUGACCUUCUGAGUGGAAAGCACAUACCUCCAAGCCAUGCGCUGGACCUCAUACGGGACAGGAACAUUCAGAUGCUGAUGGAUUCAGGUUUGGAGGGUCAAUUUUCAAGUGACGACGGGACUGAACUAAUAAGGUUAGCUUCAAGAUGCUUGCAGUAUGAACCCCGAGAGCGGCCUAACCCAAAAUCUUUAGUCUCUGCAAUGAUUCCUCUUCAGAAAGAUCUUGAGAUUGCUUCUCAUCAAUUGUUGGGCGUACCUAACAGUGCCACAACAACCGCUCUUUCACCACUUGGCGAAGCAUGCCUAAGACCAGAUCUAACUGCUAUACAUGAGAUCAUUGAAAAGCUUGGAUAUAAGGAUGACGAGGGUGCAACCACAGAGCUUUCUUUCCAGAUGUGGACCGACCAGAUGCAGGACACAUUGGUCUUCAAGAAAAAGGGGGAUUCUGCAUUCCGACAUAAAGACUUUGCAAAGGCCACCGAAUGCUUUUCUCAGUUCAUCGAGGUAGGUACAAUGGUUUCCCCAACUGUUUAUGCAAGACGUAGUCUAUGUUACCUAAUGAAUGAGAUGCCUAAAGAAGCACUAAAUGAUGCAAUGCAAGCCCAAGUCAUAUCUCCUGCUUGGCACAUCGCAUCCUAUCUCCAAGCUGUAGCUUUGUCAGCUCUAGGACAAGAGAACGAAGCACACGCUGCUCUAAAAGACGGUGCAAUGCUUGAAAGCAAAAGAAAUACUUUGUGAUCAUAAGUAAAACGAAGAGGAGAAA